AUGGAAAGGUCUAGCAUAUUAUAUCUCAACACAUAUGUAAUAAAGCAGAACAACAAAAUGGAGAAUGAAAUUGAAAAUGUAAUUGAGAGUGAAAAUGAAGUGGAGAAUGUGAUUGAAGAGAAGGAAGAAGAGGAACAUGUCGCAUCCUCUGACAGUGAGAAAGAGGAAGAAAAAGAGAAAGAGAAAGAGGAAGAAAAAGAGAAAGAGAAGGAGAAGGAGAAAGAGAAAGAGGAGGAAGAACAUGAGCAUCCUCUUGAUUUCAAUGGACAUUGUAACCUCUGUGAUGGGAAGUACGGCAAAAAAGUUAAGCAUCACCAAGUUGCGACACAUCGCGAGUGUAGGUGCGUCUGUCCAGUGGAUCAUUGUAAGAGAAGGUUCGCAAAUAGGGCAGAACUGUCCGAACAUCGUGAGAGGCGCCGCCACUAA